CCGAUUGGGAAACCAACAAUCAAGGCAUCGUGAAAAUGUACGUUGAGAACGGAAAGAAACACUCCGAGAUGGGAGGUAUAAAGCCUCGCUCUUUCCUCGACACAACAGAUCUCAUUCAGCAGCAACCAUUCACAUACUCUCGCUACCACAUCUAAGUCAAAGAUUUAAAAGAAUACCAGAUCUCAUUACUUUCUAUCCAACCAAGUUCAUACAGAUUUUGCAACAUGGUCUCCUUCACCCUGUCAACCAUCUUUCUUGGUCUCGCGGCCUUGAGCAGCGCCCUCCCAUCAAGCAAACGCGAAUACUCCAAGACAAAAUUCGCAUUCUCGCUCCAAGCUGAAGGCUACCCCGCCCUCUCACUCAACGCAGUGCAAUCUGGCACUCUCGGAAACCUCGACUUGGUUUUCCAACGACCAUCUGCCUAUCCAGGCACACCAGCGUACUUCAACGGCACGAUACUCGAUUUUGACCUCAGUGAUCCCAACCUCCCAAGCUCAUACGGCAUGUAUUUUACGAACGUCGGAGACAACUAUGGUGUCACUGUCCCGGUGACUGCUAUUUAUGCUGGUGGAAAAGAAGGAUUCAGCAUUUUGAACGAUGGAACUCUUGCUGCUCCCAUGGAUGCUGCUUUGGAGCACUUCUUUGCUUGCAAUGGGACUGUGAAUGGCGAAGACAUCCUGCAGCUGAAGUGGGGCGUUUUCGAGUCUAAUGGCGAAAGCCCAGCAGGUUGCGUCGCUGCAACUUUGAACCAAGUUUUCAAUGUCAAGGCGUAGGCAGGGGCAAGCAGGGAUCGAAAGGGAGAAGUGACGGG